AUGGCAACCGAAGACAUUAAACCAGUACCUACAUCGCCACCAACGACAACACAGUUUAGGUUUAAAGUCAACAAAACUUAUCAUAAUAGAAUGCACAUCCCUCGAAGAAAAACCAUUCACAACUUUUUCGAGUUUCAAAAGAAAUGUCUUGAGUUACAUGCGGAAUAUUAUCAAGGCAUCUCAAAUCUCUUAAAGGAAACAGAUGUUUCAUUAUUCUUGGCACCUCCAACUCCAGGAGUCGAUCCUCUUCAGAUUAUCAACGAAACAGGAAUGGUAAUUAGUGGUAUGCUAGCUCCAGGCAUGAGUGGAUAUUCUUCUGUUAAUCCUCAAUAUAGUAAUAGAAAAUUAAAAAGGAAUGCUGGGGAUGAUGUUGAAGCUAGUGGGGAGGAGGCUUAUAGUUCUGAGAGUCAAAAGGCACAUAAACAUAGAAGAGCACCACGACAACUUUGGUCGGAGGAAGAAGUCGAACGAUUGAAAGUUGCUCAUGAUAAAUAUAAUGGAGAUUGGGAAUUGAUUAUUAAAGAAUUCGAACCGGAAAGAACAAGCGCGACAAAUGGGACUUCGAGCGGUUGA